AUGGUGUAUGAUUCGUUGACUGACAUCCCUCACGAUUUCAGGGAGGGCAUUGACUGGUUGAUAGCCCUGAAGGGAAAGGGUGGAAAAAACAUGGCAGCCAUGGGCGCUGCAGUCUACAAAUUUCUCGCAGACAAGCCGGAUGACUCUAACCAGUUGCCAAUUUUCCUGAAAGUCAAACUUAUUACUAAACAUUUCUUGGAGCAACCAGAACUUAAAGACCUGCGGGCCGUAGAGUUGCUGCUGCAGAAUUUCCAUAAACCCAGGGAUAGAAACUCCGGUAGCUUCGGAAAGUUCUUUAGGGAUUUCGACAAAUGCGAUGAUGAGGACGCCGUGAAGGACUGGGGUAUCACCGCUGAAAACAUCGCUGAGAAAUUAUCUAAAUCGGUGGAUGGUUGUGAGAAGUUCCUGAAGAGUAUCAAAAUGCCUGGCCAGUACAAGCCCGCUUACAGUUCGAAAGCAACGUGGGAUGCAUCAUGUUCUCAGGAUCCUGAAGCUUGCGCGGCGGUUCUCGUGGGUAUUGCGCCAAUGCUAUACGCAGGGCUAAUGUCUUUGUGGGAUGCUACAGAUCCUGCUGAAUUUAGAUUGGCACCCUCUAGGGCGAAGGAAAACCUGGAAAAAUUAUUGAACGCUUUGCGUUGCGUGAAACCGGAGUGUCAUGACAGCAUGAGUCGUUCAGACAUUGUCGAUGCGUUGGGCGGUGUGGAUAUAGAUGUAUUGAACACGCUCAUCGAGCUCUCUGGAUUCUGGGAAUUCCAUGGAUUGGAAGACGCAGAAGUUGUAAAAGCUAACAAGCUAUUCUCUCGCAAAAAUGGAUCCUACGCGGUAUCAGAGGGUAUCGGUGGCGUCGACAUGGGUUUGUUACAUGCCUGGAAUGCCAAGAAAUCGAACAAACCUCCAAAAAUAUUUACUGGUGUCGGUUCGAACAACUUCCAUGUUCCAGGAGCGCCUGCAGUGGCGAAUUUGGACUACGGUAGCCCAAUUUAA